GUGACAACAGUUCAGUUAAUUUAAUUAUUACUUUUUCUAUAAAAAACUUAUUAUUUUUCAUAUUGUUUAUAUGUCAUGUGUUUAGGAUAAAUAACACGACAGUUAUUUUUAAUAUAAAAAACAUAAAAUAACUUUGUGGUAUCAUGUCACAUAAGAAGAUCUAAAAGAACGUAAACUACAAGAGAAAACACAGUAUACAUAUAACGUCACAAAACAAUGAUUAUUAUUCUAGUAUUGGUUAUUAUACUCCUUGUAUCGAUAUAUCAUUAUUUAUAUUAUGGAAAAAAAGAACGACUUCUUAAUCAUAUUCCGGGACCAUCAUCUUUACCAAUAAUAGGAAGUGCACUUAUCAACGUGUCAAAUGAUAAACUAUUGCACCGAUUAUUGAAACUACAUGAUCAAUACUAUCCAAUCAUGAAGAUAUGGUUUUCUCAUGUACCAUGGAUAAUAAUACGUCAUCCAGAUGAUAUUCAGGCUAUAUUGGGUAGCACGAAGCAUGUUGAAAAAAGUUACAUAUACACCAUAUUUCAUCCAUGGCUUCAAACAGGUCUUUUCACAAGCAAAGGUAGCAAAUGGCAUACACGACGAAAGAUAUUAACACCGGCGUUUCAUUUUACUAUAUUGAAGCAGUUUAUUGACAUUUUCAUUGAAGAAAGCAAUCGCAUGGUUGCAACUUUAAAAAAUGCUAAAGAACCGGUUGUAAAAGAGUUACUAUCAUUUAUGAGCAACCAUACGCUAAACAUAAUAUGUGAAUCAGCUAUGGGUAUCUCUUUAGAAAAUUCUACCAAAUUAGAACAUUAUCAUAAUGCUCUUUAUCAGAUAGGUGAAGUCAUUGUUUACAGAUUUCUAAGGCCCUGGUUGUAUAAUGAAUGGAUAAUUGCAUUGUUACCAAUAGGAAGAAAACAAAGAAAACUUGUGAGAACUUUGCAAAACUUUACAGAAAAAAUUAUUGCAGAAAGGAAACAGUAUCACAAACGUACUGAUGGUCGAUAUUUAAAAAAUAUCGAAAAUGAUACAUAUACAGAAGUAGAUGAUACAGAAAUCAUUGGAACUAAAAAAAGACGGCUCGCUAUGUUAGAUCUUUUGAUAGCCAUGUCGCAGGAAAAUAAUUUAACCGAUUCAGACAUCAGGGAGGAAGUCGAUAUCUUUACAUUUGCGGGACAUGAUACUACAGCAUUAACGGCAACGUUUGCUUUAAUGUUGUUAGCCGAACAUAAGGAUAUUCAGGAUCGCGUUCGAUUGGAAGUUAAUACUAUCCUCAAAGAAAAUAACGAUAAAUUUACCAUGUCGUCGUUGCAAAAUCUAUCUUAUUUAGAAAGAUGUAUUAAGGAAACACUGCGCUUAUAUCCAACUGUGCCUAGUAUAGCAAGAGUGACAACGGAAGAUGUAAAAUUACAAUCAUACAUAGUACCUGCUGGAACAGAUAUAGGUAUUUAUAUCUACAGCGUGCACAGAGAUCCCAAUUUUUGGCCCAAUCCAGAGAUAUUUGAUCCAGAUCGAUUUUUACAAGAAAGAAGCAAAAAUCGCCAUCCUUAUUCUUACAUACCGUUCAGUGCAGGACCACGAAAUUGCAUAGGUCAACGAUACGGUUUGUUAGAAUUGAAAGUUAUAAUCGCUACGUUGAUACACAACUUUUAUUUAGAGCCUGUCGACUAUUUAAAAGAUGUAAAACUAGGGUAUAGUACAGUGCUUCGCCCCGAUCAACCAGUUUAUAUAAAAUUUGUUCCAAUUGAAUCGUUAUAACUAAUCCACUAACAAAAAUAGAUCAAUUUUAAUUUUUUCUCUAAGUUACACGAACGAAACAAUAUUUUUUAUAUAAAACAAAACAUCUACGUUAAAAAACACGUGUCUAUUACUUCUGACAAUUAAAAAAUUUUCAUUUAACAAAAGUAUUGUUUAAUCAAAGAUUGUUGGUUUUCUCACAAAUAUAAAUCAAAAAUCGAAUAAAAUUAUCAACUUUAAAAAGACCAACUUUUUCGAGUAAUGACGUAAGAAACUUUAUUAAUCUUCAUAUUAAAUUGAUUUUUCAUUGAAUAUAUCUUUUUUUGUAGUUACUCAUACGUGCAUUAUAUUGUAGAUAACUUUCACUAAAAUGUACAAUAUUAAAUAAAAAGUAAUACAUAUCAUUCUUUAGAAUUCUUAUAA